UAAAGGAAUGAUACCAUACGAAUAAAACUCAAUUGCGGUGCAUGCAGAUAGUGGCCAACUGCCACCAGUUUCAUAGUGGCCCGCUCAACAGCUUAUCACACGCACACGCUUUAUCUGACAGACCAGAACCACAUACUCUUUCGCCUCCAUUAAACCCACAUUGUACUUACCCAGCUAAAGAUGAAGAAGAAGCCAGACUCCAGGUGGCCAUCAAUGGCGUUUCUAGCAGCCCUGUUUCUGCUCACAAGCGGAGAGGCAGCCAAGAGCAGCAUUAAUGGCCCAAUCAAGACCAUAGUAAUUCUAGUGAUGGAGAAUCGAUCCUUCGACCACAUGGUGGGAUGGAUGAAACAGUCCAACCCAAAAAUCGACGGCGUAACUGGGCAGGAAUGGAAUCCUGUGUCUCCAGGGGACCCCAAAUCCGAAAAGGUCUUCUUCAAGGAGGAUGCAGAGUAUGUGGAUCCAGAUCCGGGGCAUUCGUUUGGAGCCAUAAGGGAACAAAUCUUCGGCUCCAGUGACACCUCUGCAAAUCCCCCACCCAUGAAUGGAUUUGUUCUGCAGGCCAACUCCAUGGGACCCAACAUGUCUCACACAGUCAUGAAUGGCUUCCGCCCUGCAGUAGUCCCGGUCUACAAUACUCUUGUGAGCGAAUUUGCAGUCUAUGACAGAUGGUUUGCUUCUGUCCCAUCUUCUACACAGCCCAACAGGCUCUAUGUCCAUUCUGCAACUUCCCAUGGAGCGACCAGCAAUGUAGCCAAGCUCUUGGCUGAAGGGUACCCGCAGAAAACCAUCUUCGACUCCAUAGAUGAAUCGGGGCUUUCCUUUGGGAUCUAUUACCAGAACAUUCCGGCCACUCUGUUCUACAAAAAUCUCAGGAAGCUCAAGUAUGUGACCAAAUUCCACGAUUAUGAUGUGGAAUUCAAGCUUCACGCAAAACAGGGGGGUCUCCCCAAUUAUGUGGUAGUGGAGCAGAGAUACUUGGACACAAAUCUCUUGCCUGCAAAUGAUGACCAUCCUUCUCAUGAUGUGGCAGAGGGGCAGAAAUUUGUAAAGGAGGUGUACGAGACCCUGCGAUCUAGUCCCCAGUGGAACCAGACCUUGUUACUGAUAACAUAUGAUGAGCAUGGCGGCUUCUUUGAUCAUGUUCCCACACCUGUGCAGAAUGUUCCCUCACCGGAUGAUAUUGUUGGUCCUGACCCCUAUUUCUUCAAAUUCGACAGGUUAGGGGUACGAGUCCCCACGCUUGCCAUCUCCCCCUGGAUCAACAAAGGAACAGUGGUUCACGGCCCCUCUGGACCUUCCCCAUCUUCGCAGUAUGAGCAUUCAUCAAUUCCUGCGACUGUGAAGAAGAUGUUCAAUCUGCAAUCGGGUUUCUUGACCAAGAGAGAUGCAUGGGCUGGAACUUUUGACAGCGUUAUACAGAGCAGAACUGCACCCAGAACUGAUUGCCCAGUUACGCUGCCUGAUGCUCCAAAGAUACGACCGGGUGGAGCAAAUGAGGAUGCGAAGCUUAGUGAAUUUCAGCAGGAACUUUUGCAGCUGGCUGCUGUAUUGAAUGGGGAUUUCACUCUGAGAAGCUACCCAGAAGAACUAGGAAAGAACAUGACUGUUAGAGAAGGUAACAAGUACAUUCAGGAUUCUGUGAAACGAUUCUUUGAAGCAAGCCGACUGGCCAAGAAGCUUGGCGCUCCUGAUGAUGAAAUUGUGAAGAUGCGACCUUCGCUUACCACUCGGCCCUCUGCAAAAUCAUCACCGCCAUAGUUUCAACAUGUACAGCUUGAAAGCACACAUGUCCCCAUCAUCAUCCUGUAUUUUCAAAGACAUUAGAAAGCAACGUUGGAACAUCUCGUCUCUUCCAUUUUGUGUAAAGGCUAAAGUGGACUGCCACAUGUUUUCAUUGUGUUUGUAAAUAAAGGAAGUGCAAUGGGCAUUAGGUGCUAGUUGUGUUAAAAGUUUAUUCCAUUGGAGAAAAAGGAUAGGGAGAUAUAGAAUUAACUAUUUGCAUUAUAAGUUAUAACAAAAUGAAAAAGUUUACUAUUUGCAUUUA